CGCUUCAAAAAAAAAAAAAACUACGUAUCUAUUCCAUCUCAUCCCAUGGUAUAAUAUCUCGGAUCGUCCAUGCAUGUUCUAUGACUUCAUUUCGAAAGAUUAUUGAUUUAAAUAAAAAUUAUAAGGUUAAAUAAAUGUGUUUUCUAUCUCUUAAACUAUUGACUAAUAAAGUAUUAACAAUAAACAAUAUCCUACUAAAACGUACCAGUUUCAAAAACCGAAAAUAAAGUGUAAUGUUGUGAAAAAAGUCGUGUCAAUCAAUCGUCCAAGUGGUGUGAAAACAGCGUAACUCUUUGAAACAAAUUGUGUAGUAAACUGAGUAUUGCUGCAGAUCAAUUGCUGAAAAUUAUUCAAAUAAGCAUAGGUUUAACACCGCUUCACCAAAUUAAAGCAGCUACACCACUAAACUUUGAUCUGUUGUUUAUUAUAAGAAAAAUGUUUUCAGGAUAAAGUUAAAAUCAUGCGGGAAUCAGCACAGGAAAUUGGCCAAGAUGUCUGGCAUCAAUGGAUAUUGGAUGCCAUUGCUAAGAUUCGUUCGCAGAAACAGCGGCCAAGUGUCCAAAGAAUAUGUCAAGCAAUUGGCAGCCAUCACAAGUUUCACGAAGACAUUGUCGCUGAUAAACUUGAAGAAGCUGUUAAUUCUGGAGCUGUGAUAAAAGUCUACAACAAAGGCUUGCAUUCUUAUAAAGCACCUAUGGCAAAACGAAAAAUCAAAAUAGAAAAAAAUACUAAUUUAUGCAAGGUCGUAGCAAAGGCUGUUCAUGACUUGGGAGAAUGUGAAGGAUCAACUUUUAGAAGUAUUGAAAACUAUGUACAAAAGUUUAAUAAUAUUGAGUUAGGAACUGAUACGGAUUUAAAAGUUGUUAUCAAAAACUCAUUAAAAAAGGCAUUAGAUGCAGGUUUCCUAAUUCAAGAUGGUAAGCUUUACAAAAAAGGACGAUCAUUGACUACACCCCGCAAAACAGCCACUACUGAAAGCGUAAUAGAAAGAAUAAACCAAGGUGACUCAAUGUGUUCUCAAUGUUGCGGUACCUCAGAUCGAAAUGGCAGCGGUAUUCCUGAGCCACUCAGCUCAUGUGAUAAAUGUGGAAUGUCUCUGCACACAACAUGUGCUAAUAUUGCCGGCAAAUGUAAAUCACAAUCGCAGGUUCUUCUUUAUAUUUUGUCUACAAAAGGCAACAAAUGGCAUUGCUACAAAUGUAAAACGUGUGAUUCUUGUAACGAUCGGCACAAGGGCCCUUGUCUGCUAGAUUGUUACCUGUGCCAGAAAAGUUUUCAUCUAACUUGCCUAAAUCCUGUGUCAGAUAAGAAACCCAAGUGUCCAUGGAGGUGUAAUCAUUGCUCGGAGCAUCAAAUGAACACCAAAAAAAGACCUUAUAAAAACAAUGCAAUGGAUUCUACUCCUCGAAGAAGUAACACAAAAACCGUUGAUAACAAAAUUGCUAAGAAAUGGGCUUCGAAAACAACUUUGAUGAAUAUAAAAAUGGACGAUAGUGAUUACGCUGUAGAAACACCACAAACAAAAGACAACUAUUUGUCAGAUUGUGGCAGUGAAGAUAAUAAAAGACAAGUUUUACAAUCUAAUGCUAAAAGAAAACAUGUGCAAACGCUUUUUGGAGAUAUGAAAACUAAGCCAUCAACCUCAACAACGUUUCAAUUCCAAGACAUGAAGAAAAAUGACAAAAUGUCUAAGGAAAAGCAAAAGUUCUUCAGGCAUUCAGCUUUUAAUAGCGAUAGAAUCGUAAAAGCUGGAAUGAACUUACAAAAUUCGCUCAAAGCGAACAAAAGCACUUCGAAAAGCCCAAUGCAACAUAUGUUAGAUAUUAAGAUGGAUCCAACUCAUGGUGAGCGUCCGCGAAAACUUUCUGAAACAUCGUCUUCAUGUUCAUCGAGUGAUAACGAAGAUGAUGACGAUGAUGGCGAUAGCAGUUCUUCUGACUCCUGCUCAUCCAGCAGCUCUACUGAUUCAAGUGGGAGUAGUUGUGAAAGUUCUUCGUCCGGCGACGACGAUGAUGACAAUGACGAUGAUACAGAAAAGAGUGACAAAUCAGAAAUGACGUCGUCUCGGAGCAGUAAGAAAAGUUCAUCGAAUACAAAUGAAAAAAUGGAUGAACUUAAAUGUAAUAUGUUUCAAAGCGAUGAUUCUAAUGUCAAAGACGAAAAUGUAUGGGGAUUUGCAGCCGUUGCUAAAAAAGAGGUUGAUAUAUUUGCUAAAGCAAAAGGCUCGCCAUCAACAUCAACAUCAACAUCGAAGGAAGUAAAAAAGAAGAAUACUCAGCUUAAAGGAUUGUUUGAUGGCUUGUCGCACAUAUUUACAACUUCUAACUAUUCACGUACCAAUUUAAAAGGUAAAGAUAUUGGAAGUAACGUUGCACCAAUGGAAGUAUUUUGCCCAGAAAGUGCAAAAAGUCCAAAAGAUACUAGAAAAUCAUUCAGGAAUUUUGAAAAGGAUACCAAUUUUUGUCCAAAUGUUCAAGACAAAGCUAAUGCUAAUGUAUUCAAACAAAAUGCAACUUCUAAUCUGAACUCGACGUUAACAACAACAACUGUCAAAAAUGAUUCAGUUGUUACUCCCAAGAAUUUAUUUUUGGAAGGCACGACUUCAUCUUUGAAUAUAAACGAAUUAAGUCAGAAUGGCUGCAACAUCUCUAAAACGGCUGUAGUUAAAAAACGGAUAACUCCGCUUAUAUCAAUGCCAUUAGAGAAGAAAAAUGUCUUCGCGACACAAGCAAUCAAUGAUGAAGUUCCUUAUCUUACACAAAAAACCGUACUCAAUGCUGCAGUAUGCCACAACGAAGAUGAUUCAGAAUUUGGAAAUGGCUUUUUCGAUGUUAAAAAUCAACUUGACUUUGCGCAGUUAAGGGAGAAGAGCCAUCAUUUUAAUAUAUUUGAAAAUGAUGAUUCAAUUGAUUUAAGUAAUCCAUAUUGUUUUCCACAAUUGGAAAACCAAAUGCCUCCUGGUAUAUCAGAAAAAGAUGUUAAAAUGUAUCGGCUUAUUAGAGAAAAGUCAGCAAAGGCAGUAGCUGAAAUUGUCAAUCAAGGCGGACGAAUUAAUUUAGCUAUACCCGAUUUAAACCCAACAUUACUUAGUCCACCUUCUCUUGCUUUGGCCGCACAAGAACGCUGUCCAGCUGCAAUUGAAUUUGGCAAAUGGGAAAUACAAACAUGGUACUCUAGUCGAUUUCCCCAAGAAUAUGCAAGACUUCCGAAACUAUUUCUUUGCGAGUUUUGCUUGAAAUACACUAAAAGUAAGGCAGUUUUAGCACGUCAUCAAGACAAAUGCUAUUGGAGGCAUCCGCCUGGUACAGAAAUCUAUCGUAAUGAUGACAUUUCCGUCUUUGAGGUUGAUGGAAAUAUCAACAAAAUUUACUGUCAGAACCUUUGUUUACUGGCGAAAUUGUUUCUCGAUCAUAAGACAUUGUAUUAUGACGUUGAACCUUUUCUGUUUUACAUACUUACAAAGAACGACAAAAAAGGAUGUCAUUUGAUUGGAUACUUUUCCAAAGAAAAACAUUGCAUGCAAAAGUAUAACGUUUCGUGCAUUAUGACUAUGCCGCAGUAUCAACGACAAGGCUUUGGAAGAUUUCUCAUCGACUUUAGUUACCUAUUAAGCCGUGAAGAAGGCCAGCUUGGUACACCUGAAAAACCACUAUCCGAUUUAGGUCGACUAUCGUAUCAUGCGUAUUGGAAGUCUGUGGUCUUAGAAUAUCUUUACGAACACCGCAAUAGAGACAAAAUAAGUUUUAGACAUAUUGCAAACAAAACUGGAUUAUUUCUACCAGAUAUUGCAUUAACGUUUCAGCUUCUCAAUUUUGUAAAGCUAGGACGUAAAAAAGGCGACAUUCGCUAUAAGAUAUACAUUAAAAUAAAUUGGACGAAAGUCAUGCAGCAUCAUGAAAAAGUUCUGAAAACAACAACAAGAAUCCCCAUUGAACCGGAAUGUCUACGUUGGACACCAUUACUUUCAAAUGUUCCAACUUCAUUGACUAUGACAAAGUUUAGUUGCUCAGAUUCCGAAAAUGAAAAUGAUAUUUGCAGUAUGUCGGACAUGACAUCAACAAAAUUUCCCCAAGAUGCAAAACAGGAACUGUCUGAAAUGGGUAUGACUACACGAAACAUAACAGGAAAUCUUAGUAAGGGAAAAAAGGUCGCAAAUAAGAAAUUGGAUGCAAAGAAUAAUUUAGAACUAAAGAAUGUGACCGAAAUUAAGCCAAACGUUAAUAAGCGGAAAAAACUUGUAUCGAAAAACGACACACCCGCAAAGACAGCGACGGAAGAUACAACAUGUACACCGCAAACUGGUUCUGAUUUAAAAGAAAUAAUCGAAAUAACAUCGUCAGGGAGGAGACGAGCACGGCCUUUAAAGUUUUUUGAAACAACAUUUGGUAGCAGUGCAAGGGAUCAGUCUCGGAGUGAAACUGAAAAAAGAAAUUAUUUCAAAAAUUCUAUUCUCGAUGGAAAUUUAAAAGAAGGACCUAACUUAAAACGUAAAAGAAGUAAAACUCCUAUUGAAAAUGGUGACACACCUACUUCUGCGGUUGUUGAAAACAAAAAAAGUCGUUUAAGCCUAAGAACCAGGAUUGAAACCGACAAAAAACAGAAAUAUGUUUCAACGUUAUUACGUAGACGUCACGAAAGGCUUGCUUCGACUAGGAAAAAAAGGUGGAGGGGCAUAAUAAAUCAGACUGAAGAAACUAGAUCAAGCAGGUCAAUGCGUUUAGCCAAUCGAAAACCACCGUCAUUUCUUUCAAAGACCUUGGAAAACAAUGAAGUAGAAGAAAUUGAUCUAGAUAUCAGUGAAAAUACUACAAGCUCAAUUAAACGUGAAGCUGAAGUCAGUCAAGAAGCCACUGGCCCUGUAGAGAAUAGGAAAAGGCGUUUUAACAAAAAGAAGAUUGCGAAUUCUUCAGUUAAUUUAGAUGGUGCGUGUUCAAGUGAUGAUCAUAUUCACGCAGCUGUUUUCCAAAGCCCAGGCAAGUCAUCGAAUGAAGCAGAGAAAUGUGAUAAAGUUAAGUCUACAAGUAAGAUAUCAACAGAAACAAAUACAAAGGUGGCCACCAAAAAUGAAAAAGAACGAACUAUAAAGGAUUCUGAUGAGAAAUUGUUGCAAGAAGAAAAGAAAAUUAUUAUAAAUGUUGCGCCUAAAUUGCGAGGAAAGCGAAAUGGAACUCAACAGCGUGGAGAUUUGUCGAUUUUAUCUGAUAGCUGCACAACUGAUGAUAGCAAAAGUGAAGAUUUUAAAGCCAUAGAAGAAGAUAAAUCUAAACUAGAAAAACCAAUUGUUAAAUCGAUUGUUAAUGUAUCCUUAAACGAAAAUAUUUCCGCAACAAAACAGAAAUCGGAUACAAAAGCAAGUGAUGAUAAGGUCUUAGAUGCUGUAGCAAAAAAGACAAAGAAAAGCUUGCAAUGCGAAACUUUUCGUAACGAUGCAUCACUUGAAUUAGUUGCUUCUCAAGUAGCACAAGAGAAAAAAUCAGCUGCCCCAAAUGAUCAGUCAUUAGAAGAAAAUAAAAACACUCCCCAUAUAAAGGAGGACAUUAACGUUGAUCGUUUGCAAACGGUACUUGCCAGUGCUGGACACGAAAGUGCUGCUAAAGAUGCAGAGCAUGAAAGUAUAUCUGAAAAUCUAGCCGAUGGAAAAGAACCCUUAAUAAGUGAAAUACCAACGUCUAAACCAGCACAGACAAACGAGCUAGAAAAACUCGAAAGACCGCAAAUUAUCGUUGACAAUAAAAUAGACACAAAUUACAACCAGCCAAAAACUGUUGAUAUUCCUUCCAGUAUUUCCCUAGGCUCCAAAGCCAGCGAAUCUCUAAACACAGAUUCUAAGCAAACUGAAAAACCAUUGAUGAUUGAUUUGUCUGGUAACGACGCUGCUAAUACAGUUUGUAAUCGAACGGAAAUGAAAAAAGAAGCCGAACAAAGUUCAAACAGAACCGCACCAAUUCAAUUAGGUACAUCAACGGUGAUAUCUAGAAUUUCAGAAAAUGAUGGUAAUGAAGUUAAACAGAAUCAAAUUUUAUGUCAGAGCAAACCAAACCGUAAACAACAAAUACAAGCUAAUGAAAGUACAGCACCUGCUGAACAGCUACAAAAAACUCCUGCAGUCUCGGAAGAAUCGCUUCAAAAAGAAAGCUGUGCUCAACAGAACCAACCGUUGCAACAAACCUCACAACAGCCACAGCUGAUCCAGCAACAAAAGCAGCAGCAGCAUCAACAACAGCCACAACAACAGCCACAACAACAACAGCCACAACAACAACAACCACAACAGCCACAACAAUUGCAGCAGCUACAACAAAAUACACCACUACAACAGCAUACAUCGCAACAACAACAUACUAAACAGCUUGCACAACAUCAACAUGCUCAACAACAUCACGUACCACAACAGCAUACACAGCAACAACUACAACAGCAACAACUGCAUCAACAAAAACAACAUCAACAGCAACAACAACAGCAAAAGCAGCAACAACAGCAGCAGCAACAACAACAACAACAGCAACAGCAGCAACAACAACAACAGCAGCAACAACAGCAGCAACAGCAGCAGCAGCAACAACAGCAACAGCAGCAACAACAACAACAGCAGCAGCAGCAACAACAUCAAAAGCAACAUCAGCAACAACAAUUACAACAACAAAAUCAGGCAACGCAUCAAUCUAUACAACAACAGAAUGUGUUUCAAUCUAUUAACACAUCUAAAAAUACUACUUCACAACAUGUAGAAGCUGUGCCAGUUCAACAACGGCAACCGGAAAUCUCUAUUCCUCAAAUCGACCUCACCUCUUCAAAACUAUCGACUGAAAACAAGAAGAUAGUCGAUCGAGAAGAAAGUCGACGAACGACAAAUUUUCAGUUGCAAUGCAUUAACAAAGCCAACUUAAAACAAAAACAAGCACAAAAUGAUAAUACAGCAGGCAACACAGAUUGUCCAGAUGUUGAGAAGAAAGCUGGCACUGAGCGUAUUAAGUCGGAACCUAAAAAACAAAGCGAUCAAAUUAAAAUAGAAAAAGUACAACAGACUCCAUCGUCAUCUCCCAAUAGUUCCUCGGCUUCUUGGAACACUCUUCUUUCGACCCAAAAUAGUAAAACUGGUAACAAUUUUACCACUAAUAAGAAUCAAUCUACAAUUUUGGCUAGAACUGCAACUUCGGUAAAACAGGAAACAAACACUUAUGGUGGAAUGCAUAUACCUUUUACGUCUGCAACAUCGUCAUUGACUCUGUCCUCAAUGGCAUGUUCACCAUCGCAACAUGAAAAGUUUUCAUCAACUACAAAGAGCAUUGAACAAAAACAAACGCAUGCAACUGUUGACCUUAAUAAAAUAGCUCCCCAAUUCGCAAUGAAUCAAAUGCCCAACUACCAUGCGUCUCCGCAUCCACAGUAUUGGCAGUGGGACUAUUAUCCGGGCUACAAUUUAUCGCACCUGGACGCAAGUGCCGUUCAAAAAACCCAAAAUAAGUACAAGGAUUUGGCCACUUCGAUGGCAUAUGGACAUACUUUUUCACAAAAUCUCUACCAAAACACCUUAGCUAUGCAACAACAACAGCAAACACAUCAAAUACAACAAGCAAUAGCAGUGCAAAAAGAAAAACAAAGAGUAGAUAGAAAGAACAGCAGUUCCAAUACAGAAAAACAACUCUCCAAUAGUUCAACCAAUACUAGUAGUUCCAAGAAGGAAGAUAAGCAACUUGCAAAGGAAACCACGAAUAGCAGUUGUAGUUUGAACAAACAACCGCAAAGCAACUACGAUAACAGUCAAAUAUACAAUCAGCAACAGCCAAAAAUAGCAAACGGCAGUGUGAGCAACACCAAAAAUAAUAUUAAAUCGAUCGAAAACUCCCACAAGCAUUCGACGAACAUAUCCCAACAUAGUAGUGUGUCUGUUCAGCAACAGAAUCAAUCGACGAGCACAAUCAACCAGAACACAUUGAAUCUUAUGAAUCAACAGCAGCAACAACAGCAUCUAUCACAAAAAACUAGCCACGAUCAAGAUUUGGCCCCGAAUUCUGCCACUGCUCUGGACAACAUGAAACAAAGCUCAUCCUCGACGGAAAUCUCUUCAAUGGUUGUGUACACCCCGGAUUCUACGAAUAACUCUGUUCAUGGCUUACAGCAUCACUAUGACCAGUGUGAAAUUGAUGUAGCACAGUUGGGUCUUGAAUCUCCCACCAGCAUAGCUAGCGAUAUAACUUCGCAAAAUUCUGUUGAAAAUGUCCGACCGCCUAGUGUACAGAUACAACAUCAACAAUUUUCCGAUUGUUCGAUGCAACAAACGCAAACAAAUUCAUCAUCUCUUCAUAUGACUAUUCAUCAGACGAAUCAGCAAAAUAAUAUGAAUAUUGCAACAGCUAGCCCGCCGCAGAACAUUGGUCUAAUGGGUAUUUCGGGAAACAUAUCAAACCAACAGCAGACACAACAAAAUCAAAAUAGAAAGAUAUCGCAACAGGUAAGAAGUGCAAAUACUGGUGCCCAACGGUCUUCAACCCCAAAGAUAAGUCGUUCCAAUAACAAUACAAACACCCAUCAGAGGCAAAGUAGUAGAAGCACUCCACCAAGAAUAAGCACUGCAACCAGUAAUAACAACACAGUGCAGCAACAGCUUGCAAGUCCAAAUCAAUCUAUGCAGCAAAUAAGCCAGCAACAGCAAAACCAUCAAAAUAUUCAGCACAUGCAACAAUACGGCCAUUUGGCUGGUUCCAUUGUGCCCCAUGUACAUCAUCACCAAGGAAUGCAUCAGUCUUCUGAAUAUUUAGCAAUUCCUCAAAUGGGUCAAAACUAUUCAGGUAAUUCACCUAAUACUUACAACAGCGUUUCAAUGCCGACAGUUAUUCAACACCGAAUGACUGGAAGCCAUACAUUAGCUAGUCCACAUCAACGCCUUGGACCAUCCCCGUCAUCUUGCGCUGUAUCUUCAUCAUCUGUGAACAAUUUUUAUGCAGGGGCUAAUCCCGCUUCACAAACACCAGUUCCAAUGGCAACACCCACAGCUAUGUCGUCGGCACCAGCUAUGCAAAUAAACACAGCGACGACAACACCUGGAACAGUUCAAAGUAUAUCGUCCGUGGGUCCGACAACUCAAGGUCAAGGGAAUGCAACCGGUGCUGCAACAUCAGGAGGUGCAGCGUUAUUAGUUGGUAAUUUAUCUAGUCUUUCAAAAUUACAACAACUAACAAAUGAUUUGGAAGUUCAAACAAGCAAUACAUCUCCAGCGGGGCAGGUCAACUUAACGCCACCACCAAACAACCACCAUCCCCAUAGUACAAUGACUCCACCACCAUCCCAUCUCGUGAAUCAAAAUAGGAAUCUGACAACACCACCAACCGCUUUGCAAACCCAAAUACCAGCUUUGCAGUACCACAAAUAUUACCCAGGCAAUAUGAAUGGGGCUCCCACAAUUGCAUCUCUCUCAGAAAAUCGUCCAAUUCGUACUGCUUCUUCAGCACCUGUGCAACAUAUGUCAACUAGUGGACGUUCAUCUACUGUAGCACUUAAUCCAAAUCUAAUGUCACCUUAUGGCGCCUUGAAUGGGUACAGGAUGACAACACAGCAAACAGCAGGCUACAUAACAAAUACUGCUGCAGCUACAAGCUUUAUUAACAGUCCUGGAACCCAAAUUCCUGUUCAAAUGGGUGUAAUGAACAUGCAAUCGCAAUACCAAGAUGCAAGUGCUAUUCAAAGAGCCGCUCAACAGGGUUCUAUGUAUCCUACUUAUAGUCCAUAUAUACCGCUAAACGGAACAAUGAGGAGAUAGGAUAGAAAAAUUGUUAAAGAUCGAGAUAAAUAAUAAUUUUUAAAAAAUCUUUCGACAGAAUCAACACAACUCUGAGAAGUUAUGUUGUUUUUGUUUUUUUUUUUUUUAUUAUUAUUUAUUUAAUUUAUUUUCAGGACUAAGUGUUAAAAAUAAAACUAAGCUAUAUUAGAAAAUGCCUCUAAAAGAGCUUCAAAAUAUUUGACAUACAAUUGUUCGUUAAUUAUCGUUAAAUUUUUUAAUUGACUUAAAGAGAUAAAGUAGCUACAGAAAACAUAUUCGUCUUUUUUGUUUCAGCUUUUAAAUUCAAUUAAAAAGAAAACUAAUAGUUAAUUGUUUAAAUAGUUAUUUCUUCUGUUGUUAUUGGCGAGAAAGAGUAUAUUAUUUUUAAAAUUGUUUUUGCUUUUAAAAUAAAGGUUUAUCUCGAUCUGACUUGGUGACGUAGUUUGUUACGUUCAUAAAAUUACAAUAAAAAAACUCAUUACAUGAUUGCAUUGAAAUAAGUUUUUUAGUAAUGUAAAUGAAACUUGCUAAUAAAUAUUUUUUUUUACUAAUUUAUCAUUAAAUAAACGUUAUACACAAAUAUGUAAGCUGUAAAUAAUUUCAAUGUAUAAUAAAAUAAACUUUUUUGCCUUUCAUUGUACAUAAAACGUUAACGCAAAAUAUUUAAUUAUGUCUGUAAUAUAUACACGUUGCAGAUUAAUAAUAAAGUAUAAUAAAAAAAAAACUAUUUUAAAAUUAUUAAUAAA